CCGUAACGCCGGAGUGCUCGGCCGCUUCUACUCGCAGUUUUCUUUUUCACUUUCUUUUGGGAUGCACUAAAGCGCAUAUACAGACGUACCAAUGGGCCUGUGCAUUUAAAAGCGCAUAGAUAUAUAUCCACGCUCCCGUGUGUACUACAUAAAGAUACUCGAGUGGUUAUAUAUACGCUCGCUGUGUAUAUAGCCAGUCGCGACGCCACCCCCGCGGCCUCGACGCACGAGCGGUCUUUCGCGCAUCAGUAUCUCGCCGAGUGUCCACACGGUCGUAUCGCGUGCCGCGUCCUCGAGCCCUUUGAUUCUCUGGGUGUCCCCGGUAAAUCGAGUUUUUAUUUAAUCAGUUGAUUUAUGCUGUUGCCAAACGGGGUGUUGACGAGUUGCGCGCUUUAGGAAAGUAAAGUCGCUACGAGAGAGAGACAGGACUGUUUACAAGGACACGAACACUCGUUUCGGACAUUUGUACAUGUGCAUUUUGGGGACCACUGCUGCUGUCGGAUCUCGAGGGUAGCAUUGGUGGACCGACCGACGUUCAGUAGCUCGGAACACACGCGAUUUCGAGAUCCUUGAAGGAUAUCCAAGGCCAGACGACUGAGAAAAACGCCAAAAAAUGGCGGAACUGAUAACGAAGAAAUCGUCGAAAAUAGUAAGUAACAAUAGCAACAUGAAGAAUAACGAUGUGUGCAGUGUACAGUCGAAUAACGGUUUGAUAGACUUGGAUAACAUAACAGCGAGUAACAAUCAACUAAUAACAUUGUGCGACGAGACCGAGGACGAUGACGAUCUCAUUAUGACAAGAAACACGAAAAACGAGCUUAGUCCGGAUGAUAAGAGUCUGCAGGAGAUGAUAGAGAGCGAAUUGGCUCUGAGAAUAAAUUCGGUUAACGAAAACGAUGAUUUGCUCGAAGACGAGGAGGAGGAGGAUGCAGCGUUGAAUCAACCGGAAGUGACCAUAAAAAAAAUCAUCAUCGAGCCGAGGCCCGAUCCGUUGGACAUAAACGCGGAAUUUAUCGGUGCCGAAAUGGAGCAUUACACGAUUGUCGAGGAUCCUUACACAUACAGAAACGGACACGCGAGUCCGGGCUUCGCAGAAUCGAGAUCACCGGAAACCGUCGACGACGAAACGCUCGUUACCAUUGGGCAAAGUGAACCGAAGAGAGAAGAAGAUCUCGAAGGGAGCAUCGAUUAUCCCAUCGAUCUUAACAACAAAAGAUCGAUCGACGGAGCGUCGGACGAGUUUAACGAUUCGAGAAACGUCAGGCCUGACGAUGACGUCGUGGAGGACGAAAUCAUCGUACAAUCCGAGAGCGAGCCUACCUGGUCCAAUUCAAUGGACAAUUUCAUUUCCAACAAAGUCAGCGCAAGUGCAAACCCUGCGGAGCAGUGUAUGUUCCACGAUGACCUUGACGGCGCAGCUUUGAAAGUGGACAAACAUCGUCAGGAAGAGGACGAUCCGAGGGAUCCGGCGUGGCUCGAGUCCGAAGGAAAGACCAAUGACCAGCUUGUUUCCUCGAAGGACCAGAAAAACUCUGAUUUUCCAGGAGUCUGGCUGGAUCCCGUCGUUCCUGGUGACACGAGUCUCGGCCAAUUCUCCGAUGAUUUCGACAGCGCCCCUGGACGCGAGAAGAAGGGUUCCGAAGUCGAGGAACCCCAGGAUCAGGAGCGUCAGGAUUUCGAAGUCAAAGCUGAUCUCGAGGAAAAUUUUUCCAGAGGCAACACAGGAGAAAAUCGCGUGGAUUUUCCAGUCGAUGUCGAUGAUUUGAUCGACGCGAAAACGGACUUGAAAAUCGACUCCGAAGUCACUGUCAGUGGAGAAAACCACAGUGAUUUGUUGACGGAUAAUAUCGUUGAAGUCGACCCCGUGAUCGAGGAGGCCGAGAACAUUUCUGGGAGCUGCCACAGUGCGGAUUCGUCGCAGAUCGAAGCUUUGCCGAUCCGCGAAACGAUUUUAGAAUCACAAAAAAAUGAUGAAAUUCUAACGGACCUUGAAUCCAAUGUUCAGUGUUUCAUCAACGAGGAAUCGCGAUCUUUGGUCCAUGAGCGCGAUGAAACGACGAUGAAACCGGAAGCGACGAUUCCCGAGACGAAAAUAACCGGGGAAGAGGAGCGUGAGGAUGUCGAGAAGGACGUUCCCGGCUUCACGGAAAAUGUUAAAUCAUACGUGGUGACGGAACACCCCGAAGAGAAUGAGGAACGAGAGGAAUCUUCGUGGAUGACCGUGGAAGAGGCGACGAACGACCGGAAUAAAUUGGCCGAAACGAUCAACGAACUGAAGACGCUCGAGGCAAAAAGCGGUAUUGCGAACGAGAGCAAAAGUGCAACGAGCAACGGAUCCUUUGAAAAAGACGAGUCCCACGCUAAAACUGAAACGUCAAGCACCGAAGCAAUUUCAGCGACAGCCAAAAUUACUUCGACGACGACGACGAAUACGACGACGACGACGACGAAUGGUCUCGUCGACGGUUCCUCGGUCGCCCACUCGGAAAUAAAUUUCAUCCCCGAUGAAGAUGAAGACGACUCGUCAUCCUGUAAUCCGACUAAAAUCGAUAGCUCGAGUCUCCACGACGAUACAACCACAUGCUUGUUAUUGUCUAACAGCGCCAUGCUGGCGCCCUUAGCCACUCCCGAUGACGAGAUCAGCGAGUUUUCUAACCUGUGCGAUAAUGAGAGCCGGGAGGAAGUGAUAACGAGCAGCAGCGUCGUGGUGAACUCAACAACGUCGGCAAAGAGCUCGACGAAGACGAAAAAGAAGAAGAUCGAGGGUGUUGCCGGUAACGAUGCAUCGCCGACCCUCACGCCACGCACAAAGAAGACUAAGAAAAGCAAGAAAAGCGAUCUCGAGAAGGAGAACAUAUCAGUGAACGUAAACGCCGAAGACCGUAGCAUGCACACGGGUAGCCGUCAAAUGUCCCAGGAGGCGGACGGCAUCUCCGACGAGGACGAUCUGUCGAACGUCAACGUCAAAUCGCUGACACAGAGUUAUGUGUCGGAAACGAGUCGCGGUGAUCAGGAGAAAUCGAACAAGGAAGUUAUCGAGACCGGAGUGUCUAUCAAACAGUUGUGCCGCAGCUUUGGCGACAUAUCGAACAUGACAGACGUCGAUCAAUCGUCCUUCGGAAUGUCGGAGCAGACUUCGGAAACUCAAGAGAAGGCAAAGUCUAUGGACGACUUGAGACUAUGCCAGAGGGAUUAUUCGAAGCUCGCCAAAGAAGCAACCGUAUUCGUCGGUGUGUCCGUCAAAGCCCUCAGGGCUUCCUACUGUAGUUUGGCAAAUUUAACAAGAGGCCUUGACGAGGAAAUUCAGGAUCGUUCCCACGCGAAUCGACUACUCAAGUUCGAGAAAUCGAGCUUCAACAAAUUUGACGCCCUCAGUAAGAAGUCGGUGCUCCACGUGCGCUCCUCCGAUCCGGCCAAGGUCCAGCAACAACUGAAUUCCGUGGGCCAAAAUGGCGACGCGAAUCCGAACUGCCGCAGCUGCGGCAAGGUCGUAUUCCAAAUGGAACAAACAAAGGCCGAGGGCCUGGUUUGGCACAAAAAUUGCUUCCGAUGCGUCCAGUGCAGCAAACAGCUGAGCGUCGACAAUUAUCAGAGCCACGAAAGCACGCUGUACUGCAAGGCCCACUUUAAGGAGCUGUUUCAACCGAAACCGGUCGAGGAAUCGGAUCAACCUGUGCGACCUCGAAAGCCGGAGAUGAUCAUUCGAGAGAACCAGCCCAAAGAAUUGCCGCCUGACGUGGUCAGAGCCUCCGACAAACCUGAUCUUGGACUCGAAGAACUCUCGGCACUCAACGUCAAGUCGCGAUUCCAAGUAUUCGAGAAAACUACCAACGACACCAAUAACGAGAUCGAGAGAUCGCCUUCUCAGGUCGUCAAGAGAUCACCGAGCAUACUCAGCAAACUCGCUAAAUUUCAAGCAAAAGGAAUGGACAUUGGAGUUGCUGACGAUUCGCUCAACGGUAUCCCAUACGAGGAGUCGAGCGAGAGUGAGGAAGAAGAAGAAAUCGAAGAUUCCGAAGAUAUGGACAACGAGAUCGUGAAAGCCAAACGUACAACCCGCGAAAGACCGAUAAGCUUUACCAAGAUGGAUGACAUAAAAAAUCGAUGGGAGUGCACAAGUCAGCAGGGGAGACGCGAAUCACAGCGUGAAGCAAGAAAAGAAGAAAUUGCCGGCAUAAGAUCGAGAUUAUUCAUGGGAAAACAGGGAAAAAUGAAAGAGAUGUAUCAGCAGGCGGUUGCCGAAAGCGAACGAAUCACGAAGGCAGCUCCGACCGAGGAAAUUCAGCACUCGACUCACGCUCGUUCUAUCAAAGAAAGAUUCGAGAGAGGCGAGCCGAUAGCUCCUUCAGACGGUGAAGCUGAGGCUAAUAAACUCAAACAAGAAAAACCGGACGAGGAAGUUAUCGCUGCUGGUAUAAGCAGAAAAUCGCGAUCUCUAUUUUUGGAACUGGACGCUUCGGCCGCCAAGACCGGGCGACCCGUUACGCCUGUCAACCCGAAGACACCUACCGAUGUAUCCAGACGCGCGAGAGAUGCGUUCAUGGGGCGUCAGGUAUCGGACGAUGUCGUCCGUAGUACGGACCAGACGGAGGAAGUUCAGGUCGAGACAUCGGACAUCACGAACAAAUUCAAGUUCUUCGAGACGUACCGGGAGCCGGCAAAGGAGCGAAAGACUUUUCGAAUAACUCCACCUCGGGAGGACCAAGUGAAGAUGAGCUCGCCGGAUCGUGAGAUUUAUCGGGAUCCGGAUGUCGUUCGAGCCGACGACAGAGUCAACGAGGUCGUUCGUACCGACACGGCCCGCAAGAUGCUCUCAAUCUUCAGGCAAAUGGAGGAAAAAGCAACCAAGGAGGAUAUACCGGAUGGACCUAAACCACUGAAGUGCUUCACUCCACCGCCUGAGGACAAAUUUGCAAAGGCAACGGCUUCCGCCUCUGAAGAUGAGGAGGACGAAGAAGGCGAAGAGACGGAGGACGACGAGAGCGCCGAGGAGAGAGACCCCAAUUAUGUCAGAGCUUCCGAUAAGGUGGAGGACGAAUUUUUGAAGCAAGCGAAAAACGCGGCACGAGCGAAGACUCUGCGCGCGAAAUUCGAACAGUGGGAAACGACCGACGGUAAAGUUUCGAGUCAUCACGUAGCCGAGAUGGAUAUGGCGCAGGGUAAUGGUGAUCAGGCAAGCAUAGAGUCGGCGAGCAGUCUCAGAGCUCGCUUCGAAUCGCUGGGCUCGCAACCCGCCGAGGCCCCACGAGCCCAAAAAGUCAAAGUCAAUAGAUUUGUGUAAGACUCGGAAGACUGCGUGAGAAGAUUCGGCCGUACGAUUGACGAAAGCGACGAGGAGGAACCAGCGCGGAGCGGGGAUUGUGGGAGGGUGGGGUGGCGAGGGACCCGAGUCUCGAAGAUUUAAAAAGGAAACCAAAAAAAAAAAACAAAAAACAUAACAAAAAGAAAACGUGAAGAUCGCCGUUGAAUCGAGCACGGAAGGAGUUCUCGUCAUCGAGUGUCACAACAAGUGUUAUUAUUAUUAAUUAUUAUUAUUAUUAUUAUUACUAUUAUAAUUAUUAUUAAUAUUAUGAUAUAAAAUUUUAAGUAAAGAUUGAAUUUUAGUACAUCGUGCGAUUCGUUAUGGGAAGCAGCAGCGUGCAUAUAAAUUGUCUCGUAAUUACACGAAAGUGCAAUAUAAUAUUUAGUGAAAGAGAGAAAGAGAGAGCGAAAGAAAGAGAGAGAGAGAGAGAGAGAGAUCCACAAUUUCCGGUUAGAGAAAACAUUAGUUAGGUUUUUGUUGUUCAUUCGAGCUUGGGCUUAAAAUCGUUGAAAAAUACGAAAAAUAAUAAUGAUUGUGCAAGACUCGAGACACUCGUGUUACUGAGAUUAACAGAACGGUCUUCCAACGAGAAAUUCAAAUAUCUCCGGCAUCUCAUAUAAACGUCUUCAUUGUCCAUACUCGAGUGCCAAUUAACAUACCAAAGAGGACGAGAUUGAGCUAUCACAAGACUGAGGGUUGAGUGUUUCAGAGCUUUAAAAUAAUAAGCGAUUUGAGAAAACGUCUGGAAGGUCGUUGAAACUCUUUUUUCAAACUCCAGCUUCAAACGUCAGAGCUCUCAUAAGUACUGGAAUAAAAAAACACUGCUGGCCAAAAAUGCUCUUCAUCCAAUGGGCCUCGUUCGUACUUAAUCGUUUUUUUAUAUAGGCAUAUAUUUAUACACGAAUACUUCGUUAAUCGAGCGCCAGCAUAUUCGUCUCAUUUUUGGCAAAUUCUUUUGACAAGAAAUAAUAAUCGACGAGGGAAUUCGUGUUACGCGAAUUUUUUUUAUCAAACGCAAUCGUAAGAUCGAGGCAAAGGGCUCGGAGCAGAUUGCAUGCAUUUCAUAUCAUAUAUUUUCAUAGAAUAUAUUCAAUUAUUGAGAAGAAUCAACUUAGCUGAAACAGGGUACAAAGUAAGGAUAAAAAAAGUACGAAAACGGGAAUAAUCAAUUAAUGGAAUCUCGGUCUCAGUGACCAUCAUCAAGAUUCGUAGGUGCGAGGGAGUUCUUCAACGAAUCAAGCGUUCUUUGAUAAAUUGUCGAAUUCCGAGCACUUCCAAUCGACCUCUAAAGUAACUGAAAUUCUCAUAUUUUCGGUGCAAUUUCACUUCCACUGUUACUUUCGUAUCCGUUCGUAUACGCCUCUGGGAGGAUUAUGAAACUUGAUAAAGAUGUUCGCUGCUCGAAUAGCGGUGGGUUCACGAGCCCGAAAAAAAGUGAGACAUACUCGAGAAAAUCUAGCUCCAGGGAUUUGCGAAUCCAACAUUUGUCUGAGACCUACUUCGAGUCAGUCGAGAACGGCAAUAAAAGAGGAGAUUGCAUGAAAAAUUAUUCACCGAAAUGAACGGGGAGAACGAGAAAUUGAAGAAAUUUUCGAAAUAAAUGUCCAACGAAACACCGGAAGUGGAAUUUUUAAGGCAUCUGUAACUUUUAGAAUCGAGAGAACUGAUCCGAGCCCGAUGAAUCUUGAUCGCGCAGACCUCACGAAAAAUCGCCAAAAAUAAUGCUGACAUAGAGAAAAAAAUUGAAUGAAAAUAUAUCGAAAAGAUAAAUUUCAGGUAUCGAAAAACUCGGAGCAAAGCAAAAGCUCCUCGAGCUCAAUCCAGACGCAUUUCGUGUCUAAGCCUUACACCCUCAACUGUAAAACGAAUUCACGCUUUUUCGUUCAAUCUUAAGUACUCGAUCACUUGCCAAAUGAAGGAUUAGUAUAGAGUGGAACUCUCGAGAAAUUUAGGGCAUUAUUUUUCGACGAUGACAAAAAAUCGUUUGUAGCUCUCUAUCAUUUUUAUGUAAAUCGACAUCUCGCAACGAUUGACCCUUCGAUUGUCGCAUAGUGAGAGAAAGUCUCGCACUACCCGGCGGUACGGAAGAAAAUAAUUUUUUUUCCAUAAAUUUUUUGUUUUUUUUUCCAAUUUUUUCACCAUUAUUCUAAAGUGUAUCAAUUGUUUGACAAGUAGAAAACAAUUUAGAUUAUUCAGCCAUCUUUCAAGAUAGUUCCCUUCACCUUGAAAAAAAGUGUGAAAGAAAGUCUCAUAGCACGACUAUCGAAGGGUUAAAUUCAUAUUUGAACGACAGUCUCAAGAUAUUUCAUAAUUGAUGAAUGGGUUUCUCCGUUGAAACACGAUGAUUGAUCGGAAGAAGAGAAUGAAAUGGACUGAACGACGAUACCAUCGAAAUUUGAUCGCCCAAUAACAUUGUCGUCUUGGUGAAUAAUACGAAAUAAAUCAAUGUCGUCGUUUCUCAUCCUUUUUGUUUGUCUGUUUAUUCUGUACAACACUCCAAUUUUCUAUACUUCGUUCAACAGUUAUGUGACAAUCGUCCAAAAUGUUAAUUUUCCCUGGGACGUUUGAGACUGUAACGUUGAUGAUUUACGACGAAAUAAAAAGAACAGGAACAACCAAAA